UCAUUAAUUAUGUUUUGUGAACUUUGUGACAGAAACAGCGUGAAAAAAAGUUGAUUUGCACCUAAUUUACGAUGUUUAUAAAUUAAAAUAUCCUGCUCAUUACUAAUUUUUUUAAUAAAAUAUGAUAUAAAAUCAAUACAAAUAUGGCAUUCCUUUGUCCAGUGCGAAUCAGAAGGGGAAAAAAGAAAAAAUCCAGCAGUGGUGAUUCAGACAAGGAUCUAUCGAGACCAGGCUCUGGAUUGAGCCCUGGCAUGGGUCGCAUUACUGGAUCAGCAAGUAUUGAAACACUGGUUCGUGUUGGAAUUGAAAAGGAACAUGGCCUUAGCCCUGAUUCUAAAAUGGUAGUACUUCACGAUUUUGCGCCAUGUGUCGACGAUGAACUGGAGGUAAAACGAGGUCAGAUUGUAAAUGUUCUAUAUCGUGAGAACGACUGGGUGUAUGUGAUAGUAGCAGAGUCUCGUAGGGAAGGCUUUAUACCACACUCAUAUUGUGCUCCAUGCGAACAUCACGAUUUGAAGAAGAAGCUGCCUAGAAGCCGGUCGCCGACUGACUUAGCGCAUAGGGAUGUAUCUCAAUUAUCACUGUCAGACGGUGCUACAAACGAUGGACACUCAGAGCUCGGUAGUGAGGGCGAUGCGUGUCCGUUCAGCAAAGACCCAUCUGGCAGAUAUGUUGUGCUCUACACAUUCACUGCCAGAGACGAAAAUGAUGUUGAUGUGGAGAGAGGCGAGUUUGUGACAGUUUUAAAUAGAGAAGAUCCAGACUGGUAUUGGAUUGUGCGAAGUGACGGCCAAGAAGGAUUUAUUCCGUCCGGUUUUGUGUAUCCAGCUGUGGUACAAGCUGCACAGCAAGAAAACAACCAAAACAUCCAUUCAACGCAAGCAAAUCCAAACAACACAAUGAUGUCAACAAACAACAACAUGAACAACACAGCACAACAGGACAAUGAUGGCCGGUACCAUGGCACUGAAUUGGUUAUGUUGUAUGAUUAUAAGGCACAAGCUCCAGAUGAUUUAUCAGUGAAGCGAGGUGAGUGGGUGUACGCAGACCUCACUCAACAAACGGUGGAGGGUUGGUUGUGGGCCCACGCGCCCAAAUCAAGGAGAUCCGGCUUUAUACCCACCGCCUACGCGAGAGCACCACAUACUACGUCGCUAUAAGAUUCAUUAUGGAUUUAUUUCGGCCCUGGUAUGGUGAAAUUAUUGAAAUAGAGGAUACUAGAAAACUCGAAAUGAUUAUUUAAAAAGUACAACCUGAUGAGAAAAUUGAAUAACAAUUUCAAUGUUAACAAUUUAAAAUAAUCUACAUUUAGAUUUCAAUACGACCUUUCCCUCAUCUCCGUCAUUAUUUAAAUCCGGUCCGCCAUUAUUUAAAUUAUUUUGUAGAGCAGCAAGCUUUUACAUAUCGAGUCGAGUCUUUUACUUUCGUUUUUAAUUUGAAUAUCUCCAUAUCCAUACAUAAUCAUUUGUUGAAUAUUAAAAUACGGUUAACUGCUCAAAUAAUAAAUUAGAGACUGUUAUAUUCUUACGUAAAAUCUUAGUCGCAGGGCGCACCUUUUUUUAUUUGAAUAAAAACAUUUUUAUUGCAUAAUAUAAAAAAAAACAAAACAAAAUGUUAUGUCAUGUUAUUUGUAAAAAAAAAAACAAUAGAAAGUCUAUUAUACGCACAAUUGACAAAGAAUUUCUUUUUUUUUUAAUUAUUGAAAGUUUCAAAUGCAUAAAACAUAUAAGAUGUAAUAGAAUAAGUUUUAAAAUUGUAUCAUUUCAUUUCAGUUUUUUAUAAAUAAGUAGAAAGAAAAGAAAUAACAUUAUAAGAUGUCCUUGUGUUUUAGCUUUAAAUCCAGAUGUUAAAAUGGUAUAAAAAAUUCAUCAAAAACGAUUCUUGCCAUUGAUAAAUAUUAAUACUUUAUUUAGAAUGUAAUCAUAGUAUUAAGUUAUCUUGUUAUAUUGUUCUCUUUUAAGACUAUCUGCAUUAACCUUAGCUUAAUAUGAUGAAGGCCAUAUAAUUUAAAUUGUAUUAUACAUAUUUUUAGUCUUCCUAAUGUUGAGUUGUAUACCUGUAAGGUUCAUGUUUAUAAAAUUUGCAUUUAUGUAAUAUAUUAUCCGUCCAAAUUUGACUGCGCUUUAUAUUUUCUAUUUUUAUACAUAAGGUUUAGUUUAAAUAAACUUUUUUUUAAUA